UUAAAGGUUCGUUUGUUCGCAUUGAAGAAUUGUGAACUGUCUUAGCUUUAUUUCCACGACGUUACGCCUUCGAUCGAUUACUUUAUUCUCUUUAUUCUUAGGUUAAUCGUCCAUAGAAUUUUUUAGCGUAGAUUUUUUUGUGAAAUGGAAAAGCAGCCAGUUACCGUCUUUCUUUUGGAGGGAGCUUUCUUUUUCUUGCUGUGGCCACGGAAGUCUGCCAAGUAAUCGUCCUCCAGAAAUUCAUGCCGUGUUUCCUUCUUCCUCCUCCCUGUGUGAAAUUGACACGCUGAUUGAUCAGGUGGCAGAAAACAUCUGCCUGCUGAGGCUUUUUAUGAUUAAUGGACUUGUUGAUACAUGUGUGUUCGAUGGAACUUACGGAAUGAAUUGAAUUACUGGUUUUUUGCAAACUUCAGUUGCUGCGAUGGCCGCAUGCGUUCUCCGGAGAAAUUUGAUGAGUUUGCUGGAAUUCGGAUGACAGAGUUUCUUGGCGUUGAAAUUUAAGGCCACGAAACAUGCUGCUGCGCUAUUGUUAUGGUUUCUUAUGUACACGUUCAGUGAUUUGUUCGGAGUACAAAGAAGAAGAUGCAUCAGCCAUAAGCUAUCUUCCACUUGGAAUGCUGACUUUUAUGCACCCGAAGGAGAUCUGAAGCGUCUUUUCAUUAAUUUCACAGAAAUCUUUGUAAAACAAUGGGGGCUUCGAACUCCAAGCCGCAAGUUGAUAAAGCAAUGCUGUUGUGUAGAGAAAGGAAGCGCCUUGUUAGACAAGCCAUUGAAUGGAGGCAAGCAUUAGCUGUUGCUCAUGUUUCAUACCUAAGAUCACUCGAGAGUGUAGGGAUCGCUCUUAGGAAGCUUGUGGAACCUGGUCCUUUGGCAGAUUCCUCCUUGUAUACUUCCACUAGUGCAACACCUGAACCCUUUGCCUUCACAGACAAGGCUGUUCCUCGAUUUUCAUAUGCUUCUCCUUCUUUGUCCAACCACGUGGAGGCUGCAGAAAUUCUUUCUUCGCCAACGAUUUCAUCUCCGCGUUCUUCUAGACGGGUCCAUGUGAACCAUAUGAAAUCCAACAGGAAUAUCAGCACCACCAUCAAGGAGGAGCCUAAUAUUCCAGUACCUGUAACAAUGCACAACUCAUCAAAUACCACUACUCAGAUUUCACACACCGAAUUUGCUGAAAGUUCCCCUCCUUCUCCCACAUCUUCGCACUCAAGGGAGGCCCCACCCUGGGAUUACUUCGACAUAUUCCCUUCUGUUGACAACACAUAUCCAUUUGAAGCUGGUACCGAAACAAGUCUUGGAUUUGAGGAAGCAGAUUAUCUUGAACAGCUUCGUGAAGAAGAGGGAAUUCCUGAUCUGGAAGAGGAAGGAGAAAGGGACUUCGUUAGUAGAAACAGUGAGGGAAUUCCUGAUCUCCCAGCACAGAAGGGUUUUGAUGGAGGAAAAGGUGUUGAUCAUGAAUCUGAGCAGGAAUCUGAAUCAUCUUCGGAAGGUGAGGCAGUCCUUAACUCUGAAAGGCAUAGCAGGAAGGUCUCAAGGCAUUACUCUCACAGUCGAUCACCUGUUAAGGAACCAUUAGUGGAAGAGGCAAAAUUGACAAUGCUUGAUAAUGAAAAAUGUCCUGUGGAGACAAUACCAGAUGGAGGUCCAACUGGGGCACUCAUUUUAAAAGGAAAUGUGCAAACUCAAAGGGGAACCUCCCCUGACAAUGUAGUUUCAUCAAAGGAUUUUGUGUCAAGUAUAAAAGAUAUUGAGCUUCUUUUUCUUAAAGCUUCCGAAUCUGGGAAGGAGGUACAACGGAUGCUUGAAGCAAAUAACAUGCAUUAUCUACCAAAUUUUGCUGAAAGAAAAGCACAAAAAAAAUCUCAGGUCUCUUUGUUUCUUUCGGCGUGCCUGGCUUGUUUUGAUGACCCUACAUUUGUUCCUCCUGCACAAGCACCGGGCACAUUGAAGCUUAUCACUUGGCAUCAGUCACCAUCAGCACGUUCUUCAUCGUCAAGGAAUCCUUUGGCAUCAACGUCUUUGAGGGAUGAUGUGGAUGAUAGCAGCAAUGAUUAUGGAGACGCAUUUUGCAUGAAUUCAGGAAGUCAUGCAUCUACACUGGACCGCCUAUAUGCAUGGGAAAGAAAGCUUUCUGAUGAAGUCAAGGCUAGUGGAUUCAUCAGAAGGGAAUACGAUAUGCAAUGCAAACAACUUAGACAUCUACAAGCAAGGGAUGAAAAAAGUGUACGGAUUGACAAAGCACGGGCUAGAGUUAAGGAUCUUCAUUCAAGAAUCCUAGUUGCCAUUCAGCGUAUAGACUCAAUAUCAAGGAAAAUUGAGGAGUUAAGGGACAAGGAGCUGCAUCCGCAACUUGAGGAGUUGGUUGGAGGGUUAGCUCAAAUGUGGAAAAUGAUGUUUGAAUGCCAUCAGAACCAGCAUGCAAUUGUUACUGCAGCAUAUCUUAGCACACAAGCUGAAUUUCCAGCCAACUCUCAACUUCAUAGACAGCUGGCCAUUGAUCUGGUAAAUGAACUGAGUUCCUUGAACCUAAGCUUCACAAAAUGGAUGUCAGCACAAAAAUCAUAUUUGAAGUCUCUCUAUGAUUGGCUGCUUAAGUGUGUUCCCCAACGCCAUAAAUCAGAAACAAGGAGGAAAAGACAGAACAUGCAGUUUUCACCUCGUAAGGAUGGUGCACCACCGAUAUUCGUUACCUGCCGUGACUGGUUUGACCAACUUAAUGGGCUACCAGUUAAGGAAAUCUCUUGUGCAGUAAAAAAUCUAGCACAUGAAGUUCAGUGCCUUUUGCCACCUGAAGAAGACAAGCGGACAAGGGAUUCAAAGCUCACCUCACUGUCAUGGAAAAUAAAGGGACACAAUGAUGUCGAUGGAUAUAGGCCUGUGGACCUUGAGUACAGAGAAACUCAUGCAAACUUGCAUUCUGGGUUUGAUAGUUUGCGGUCAAGCCUAGUUGAUUUUUUUGAGGAAUUAGUUUUGUUUGCAGCAAAGUCAUCAGAAAUGUACGAGUAUGUCAAAACAACCACUUUGGAAGCCCACGUUCACUAUCAUCAGGACAUAAAAAAGUGAAUUGUUGAUUGGGGUCGUAUAUGGUACUAUACUUGGUAGGAAUUAACUGGUGAGGAGACAUUUUGACGCUUUUUCGUUGAGUGCAUAAUUACAUCAAAUAGGAAGGUUUAUUCUACAUAUGAGGUUGUAAAUUGAAGUGAAUAAAUAGGCUUUACUUUGAGGCGGUUCUGAAGUUACACAAUAAAAAUGUAAAUUUGGUUCUCAUAUUGUCAGGAAAUUGUAAUUAUGUCAUUUCAUCUCUUUAAGAAAAUGUUUUCCUGA